GAGAGGCUGAAAUACGUAGCACCAAAGUGCAUCAGCAUCUUAAGUGAACCAAAUCAAUGUCUUCUUCUCUGUUCCUCUUCUUAUACUUCUCCGUCGUUCAUUAUGUCGUCUCCUUACGCAGAUAUUCCGCUCCUGCGCCCUGAUAAGCAAGUCAGAUUGCUUAGGCUGGAGCAAUCAUCUUCUGAUAGUGAUUACUAUUGCUUCAGCUUGACGGUCCACGACUUUUGCGACGAUGUAUAUCACCCAAAAUACAUUGCCAUCUCGUACACGUGGGGAGACUUUGUCCCAGAAAUGACGAUAAUUGUAAAUGGUAAAAGGAUGCGAGUGCGAUUCAAUUGCUGGUAUGCUCUGUGGCAGAUGAGACACCAUGGCUUUACCGAUUAUUUGUGGAUCGAUUCAUUGUGUAUCAAUCAAGACAAUAAUGAAGAGAAGAAUUUUCAAGUGGCUAUUAUGGGCUCGAUAUACGAAUCGGCAUUAUGGGUCGCAAGUUGUAUUGGUACUGGUGACACAAUCGGUGCCAUACAGCCCCCCUCAGCAACUGACGGCGGCGAAGAAGCUAAGAUCGCUAGAGAGAAACUUCGAGGAAGGUUUGACCAAAUCCCAUACUUUGAUAGAGUAUGGAUCAAACAGGAAAUUAUUCUUGCGCGCGACAUUACGCUUUUCUACGGAUUGAAUAGAGUCUCGUGGGAAGAUUUUAGUAUGUUAAUGAGCAUUGAGCAGAGACUACCGGGGCAAAUUUUGAACCCAGAAGAAAGUGCUGACAGUGGCAUGUUUGAUGCUCUUGAGAAUACCGAAGAUGUUUCAAGUAGUUUUUAUAGAUGGGGUCAGAUACGGGAGUAUUCCAUUCAGGAAGCCGAAAUGAAUUCUACUUCUCUACAGCUUUGCAAUCAUCGCUCAAAUUCAAAGUCUGGUACAUUCGUGGAAUUGGUUCUCAGGUAUAAAACAGCAAAGGCUACCAACCCUAGAGAUAAAAUAUACGCACUCCUCUCUCUGCUUCCAAAAGAGGAUCUCAUCCGACGAAACCUGGUGAUUGAUUACGAACAACCUACAUUCCAUCUGUUCCACGCCGUUGCAAGAUUAGUGUAUAGUGCAUAUGAAGAUUUGGAAAUUGGACAGAAACAUCAGGUCCUCGAUUUGAUUAGGGAAUGGCUAGAUGUCAACGAGCAUAACAUAGAAAUGGAUGAAUAUCUGAGAUCAGUUCCACUUUCACCAUCAGACUGGCUACCUUCAUCGGCAUCAGAUUUGAGUAAUCCCUGGCUUAAGGGAAUCGACCCUCAUAUCAGACUUGACAUCAAGGAAUUGUGCGAGAUUCCUCAGCAGAAUGAACUCCACGCCAAUUUGAACAUUCAAUUCGAGGAGCACUCACCUUUAAUAUUACUCGAACAUAUAAAUACAUGGCGGCAGAACGAUGAUAAAUGGUCUAAGGAACAUAUCAAUGAGCUUUUGCCUGCCAAUCUUAAAACUUCAAGAGUUACCAUUAUGUGGCCAAACCUACAGACGGAUAUUUUCCCAGCUAUGAAGGAGUUUCUGGUCAAUGCAGAUGUUCGAGACGGAGAUUUCAUUGCAAAAGUAGUUUGGGGCAGAUCCGAAAUUAUAUACAACGCCGCAGACCAUUGGACUGCGGCAUAUGCUGUUCUGCGAACGGUGAAAGAUCAGGAUAACGACAAAGAACUAGAUAAAGCUGAUGACUCUAUCAUGGAUACUUCCGACGACGUACUCGACGUCUCAUCGAUUCACGAGUCAGAGCAAGAGCACAGCGCGGAUACUCUUCUCGCACUCCAUAGCUGGGCCAUUCCGGUGAGCCAAGAUCUCAAAAUACUGACCAAAGGCGAAAACUCAGAUCUUUCUGACAUAUACCGGAACCAAAACCCGGGCGUAUUAGUCCUACAUCAUCGAGACGCCUUGAUACCGUUGAUUUUGAACGAUAGACCAUUACACGCGUUGUUGUAUCCUGCUCCCAAUGGAUCAUAUGUUUCAAUUAUUGAAUUAGACAGCAAUGCGGAAUGUAAAUCUGAGCCUCCCUUGAAACAAUUGUCUGACUACAUCAGUGAUGUGUUUGGGUGAAACUGGGAAGAGGGACUAAAAUAUGGGUGUUUUGAAUCAAUAGUGGCAAGAAUUAUAUCUGGCAAUACUUGAAUUCCAAUGAAGAUUAAAAUCGAGCAAUAAAGCAUUUCAUUUUGUCAAUUUUAAAGGAUCCUGAAACGUGCAUUAAAUAUCGUUCUUGUUACA